AUGGGGGAUUGGAAUUUAUUAGGGAGUAUUUUAGAGGAGGUCCACAUUCAUUCCACUAUUGUGGGGAAGAUCUGGCUCACCAUCCUCUUCAUUUUCCGAAUGCUUGUGCUCGGGGUUGCGGCUGAGGACGUUUGGGAUGACGAGCAGAGUGAGUUUGUUUGCAACACAGAGCAACCUGGUUGCAAGAAUGUCUGCUACGACCAGGCUUUCCCCAUCUCUCUUAUCCGCUACUGGGUCCUGCAGAUCAUCUUUGUGUCCUCUCCGUCUCUGGUCUACAUGGGGCAUGCAUUGUACCGUUUGAGAACCCUUGAGAAGGAGAGGCACAAGAAGAAAGCCUUUCUGAAAGCUGAGCUGGAGGGGACAGACCCCAUCCAGGAGGACCAUAAGAGAAUCGAGCGAGAGCUCAGGAAACUAGAUGAACAGAAGAAAGUAAGGAAGGCUCCCCUCAGAGGUUCCCUUCUGCGCACAUAUGUUUUCCAUAUCUUAACCAGAUCUGUGGUGGAGGUGGGUUUCAUUAUAGGUCAGUGUGCUCUGUAUGGCAUUGGACUGUCUCCUUUGUACAAAUGUGAGCGGCUUCCUUGCCCCAACAGUGUCGACUGUUUUGUGUCCCGGCCAACUGAGAAGAACAUUUUCAUGGUUUUCAUGCUGGUUAUAGCUGGGGUUUCUUUAUUCCUCAACCUCCUGGAGAUUUUCCAUCUGGGGGUGAAGAAGAUUAAACAGAGCUUGUAUGGAUACAAAUAUGGAGAUGAUGACAGUGUGUACAGGUCAAAGAAAAACUCCAUGGUGCAGCAGGUUUGUGUGCUCACUAACUCCUCACCACAGAGGUUGAUACAGCUCACACAGAUGGCCUGCUCUGUUGUGUCUGAUGCUCGUGGUGAGAAUUUGGCCCCAGUGGCCCCUCAGAAUCAGGAAGCCUCUAACAGCUCCAACCAGCAGACGUACCUGCCGAGCCAUGUGGACAUCCAAGGCCUACAGCAGGUGGGGUCUGGGGAUCAGAGCUACGCUCAGGACUACAGAAAGCCCUCGUGCAGCAGUGAUGAGUCGAAUGGACCUCACGGCUCGGGCCAGCCGCAGUACGCAGGACCUCGACCCACACUGAUCGCCUGCCACAUGGAGAUCCCAGCGGCCCUGAGAAACCCGCAGAGGAAGCAGAGCAGAGUGAGUGUUUGUAAGGAGCUCAGUGACAUGAGUGAUUCUCCGGACAGUGACCACUUCCCAACUGCCAGGAAAUGCAGUUUUAUGUCCCGAGGACUGUCGGAGGGGAAGCUGGCCACUCCGUCUGACAGCGCAGAUUCUCAGAGUGGAACAGACGUCGAGGCCCAGCACCUCAACCAGGGAGAGAGUCCGGUGACGACCCCCCCGCCUCCAGCCGGCGGGAGGAGGAUGUCCAUGAGCAUGAUUCUGGAGCUGUCCUCAAUCAUGAAAAAGUAAGCAAGCAAGCUAGAGGCAUAACGGAGUUCUACAGGGGCCGAGGGAUCCUUAUCGCAAAGCAACUCUCAUCCUGUCUCUCAGCCCGUCUCCACCUUUAUGUUUUCACAGUAUGUUUAUAUAGAAUGUAUUAUGCAUGAACAAGAACUCCAGUUCCAAUAUGUUAACAUAACGUUCCACAAAAGAAGCUUCAUGUACUGUUCACAUGAUAUCUCCGGCAUCUGAUUUUUUUUAUAUUGAUUGUUUGCAAACUACUUUUUAUUUAGGUGGAUAGUUUUUCAGAUAAAUCAAAAUGAUAUUUGGCUCAAAGCAUAUGGGACUGCUCAUAAAAUGAGACCAAGGGUUGCAAAGAUGUUUGACUAAAGAUUGUAAUUAAAGAUGAGAUGAGAUAAGAUGAGAGAACUCUUUAAAACCAGUGUUGUGCAACUGUAAAUGCAACAUUUCUUUUUGACUGAGAGUUGCCUAAUAUUGAAUAUAUCUGACAAAUGUAAGCUUUUAUUGUGGAUGUUUCUGUUGUCCUGUUGUUUUUUUUUCUAUUAAACACUGUCCCCUCUUCA